GUCGCUGGAGCUGGUGCGGAGCAGCCGCGGGAGGGAGGCGUGUGUCUCCAGGCUGUCGCCUGUGCCGGAGGCCGCCCCAGCCCUGCGUGACUCCCGGCGGCCGGGCUCGGCGCUCGGCGCUCGCGGCGCGGAGCCCGAUGCGGUGCAUGGCGGUGUGGCUGCUGGAGAAGCGGAGGCGGCGGCGGUGCCUGACCCAGCCGCCCUCCCUGGCCCUCGGCAGGGACAUAGCCGCGUGUUGAGCGCUGUCCGGCGGCGGCCCGAGCGGGGCGGGAGGGAGUCCUGCCCAGCGCCGUGUGUCCGGGGCGCCUGGCCGGAGGCGAGCGGCUCUGCUUCCUUCUCCGCGGUUGCGAGGUUAUGCCACUCUCCAGGUUUUCUGGAUGCCUUCAUAUGAAAGAGAAAGGUUGAGAUUUGCCCAGACUUGGCAUGACGGUCCUUAGGUCCUGAACCAACAUGGCAGCUGGAGAGUCCCCUCCCAUAGGAGGUGUCUUCGUCAACCUGCAUCAGGACAGCAAUAAUGCUGAGGAGGCCUUUCUCCCCGCCGAGGAUGAUGAGGAUUUGGAUAAGACCUUGUCAAUCAAGAGGUUUGGGGACCUGAUAAGCAAGUCAGCAUCAAGGGAUCUGGAAGAGCAGAGACGCAACUACAGUGAGAGAGAUUUUGAAUUCCAUCGCCAAACCUCCCACCACAUCCACCAUCCCCUUUCCACCCACCUGCCUCCUGCCCUCAAGUUCCAGAAGAGGCUCUCCCAUGCCAGCCGGAGGAAGAGGAGAAAGAGAAAAAAGAAAAAAACCUCGGUGCCCCCCUCGGACAUCACUCCCACCAUCCAGGAAGUGGAGGAGGAGGAGGGGGACAAGGAGGAGGAAGAGGGGGACGAGGAGGAGGAAGGAGAGUCAGAGGCAGAAGAGGCCCUGGAGAAAGAGGUCUCACCAGAGUCAGAGACAGAGGCUCAUGAGAAGAAGGACGCUCCUAAGCCUGAGCCCCCUAGCAAACCAAAGUUCACCAUUGGGAGUGACGAUGAAUCCUGCGGUGCCUUGGCCUCUGCAUGGUUCCAUGUGGAGAAGGAGUGUGGCGUCAUGUCACCGAUGCCACACCGUGCUGACCUGCUGCAGGAGACGGGCCUGGCCUCUCUUGGCAGCCUCCCGGGGCCCAGAGAAUGUCCGUCUCGGGGAUGGGACAGGCGCAAGCCCUGGAGCCAGCUGGUGAGUGGGCAGAGGGUGAGUUAUGACCUGAAGGAGCGGGUGUGCAUCGGCAGCAUGACCACUCUGGAGAGUGCAGUGUACCAGCGCGUCCCCACCGAUGAGGCCGAGGCCCAGAUGCUGGCGUCUGCUGACCUGGACGACAUGAAAAGCCACCGCUUUGAAGAUAACCCUGGUGUGAGGCGGCAUCUGGUGAAGAAACCAUCUAGGAGCCAGAGCACCAGAACCAGCAGGAAGAUGGUGUCAACCCCGUCUGUCAAGAAGAAGAAGAAGAAAAAAAAGCUGGACAGGAGGCCCCAUGAGGUGUUUGUGGAGCUGAAUGAGCUGGUCAUAGAUAAGAACCAGGAGAUGCACUGGAAGGAGACAGCGCGCUGGAUCAAGUUUGAGGAGGAUGUGGAGGAGGACACGGCACGGUGGGGGAAGCCUCACGUAGCCUCACUAUCCUUUCGCAGCCUGCUGGAGCUCAGGAAGACCAUUGCUCACGGUGCUGUGCUGCUGGACCUGGAGCAAACCACCCUUCCUGGCAUCGCUCACCUCGUGGUGGAGACCAUGAUUAUCUCCGACCAGAUCAAAGGGGAGGACAGAGCCAACGUGCUGCGUGCCCUUCUGCUCAAGCACAGCCACCCCAAUGAUGAGAAGGAGGGGUUCUUCCCCCGAAACCACUCCAGCUCCAGUAUGAAUUCGAUAGCGGGGAACCACCAUCACAACCACAACCACACGGCCGACACGUGCGUGCCCCUGAUGGGUGAGGAGCGCAUCGAGAUGCUGGACCCCAGAGCCCAGGACUUGGAGUGCAAAGAGAAAAAUCUGCAUCUCCACAGUUCCGAGGGGCAUCGCGGCAAAUAUCUGAAACUGAUGGAGAAGAUUCCUGAAGAUGCUGAGGCAUCCGUGGUCCUCGUGGGCUGUGUGCAGUUCCUUGAACAGCCCACUAUGGCUUUUGUCCGGCUGAAUGAGGCUGUCUUCCUGGAAUCUGUCCUGGAGGUCCCAGUUCCGGUCAGGUUUAUCUUUGUCCUGCUGGGACCCAGUCAGGCCAACGUCGAUUACCAUGAAAUUGGACGGUCCAUUUCCACCCUCAUGUCUGACAAGCUCUUCCAUGAGGCUGCGUACAUGGCUGACGACCGCCAGGACCUCCUCAACGCCAUCAACGAAUUCCUGGACUGCAGCAUUGUCAUCCCCCCAUCAGAAGUGGAGGGGAAAGACUUGCUCAGGUCUAUUGCUACUUUCCAGAAAGAGUUACUGAGGAAGAGGAAGGAGAGGGAGCAGAAGAAGACCACGAAGGAAGGGGUUAUCCAGGAAGCUAAAGAGCUGUGUGAAGUGAAGGCUGAGGAGGAAGAGGAGGGGGACGCUGAGGAUGACCCGUUGAGGCGAACCGGCAUUUGUUUUGGAGGUCUGGUUCAGGACAUAAAGCGCAGGUACCCCAAAUAUCUCAGUGACAUCAGAGACGCCUUGCACAGCCAGUGCCUUGCAGCCGUUCUCUUCAUCUACUUUGCUGCUCUCUCUCCUGCCAUCACCUUCGGGGGACUCCUAGGAGAGAAGACAGAGGGUCUCAUGGGGGUCUCGGAGCUGAUCAUCUCCACCUCAGUUCUGGGGAUCCUGUUCUCCCUCCUUGGAGCUCAGCCGCUCCUUGUCAUUGGUUUCUCGGGGCCCCUUCUGGUAUUUGAAGAAGCUUUUUUCAAGUUCUGCCAGAGCCAAGGCAUCGAGUACCUGACGGGCAGAGUGUGGAUUGGCCUGUGGCUCAUUGUCUUCAUCUUCAUAAUUGUGGCAGCUGAAGGCAGCUUCCUGGUGCGAUACAUCUCGCCCUUCACACAGGAGAUCUUUGCCUUCCUCAUCUCCCUCAUCUUCAUCUACGAAACGUUCUAUAAACUCUACAAGGUCUUUGCAGAGCAUCCUUUGCUGAAGUUUUACCCGCCGAGUUUGGAGAGUGGCUUGAAUGCCAGCAUGCUCUCUGCUGAUGCCAUGUCUCUGGGAACCAGGAUGCAACCCAAUACUGCCCUCCUCUCACUCAUCCUCAUGCUGGGCACCUUCUUCAUCGCUUUCUUUAUGCGCAAGUUCAAGAACAGCCGUUUCUUAGGAGGCAAGGCUCGACGGAUCAUUGGAGACUUUGGAAUCCCCAUCUCAAUCCUGGUCAUGGUCUUGGUGGAUUACACCAUCACAGACACGUACACACAGAAGCUGAAUGUUCCCUCUGGGCUCUCAGUCACAUCUCCCCAGAAGCGCAACUGGUUCAUUCACCCGCUGGGCAGGCGACAGGCCUUUCCCAUGUGGAUGAUGUUUGCCUCAGCCAUCCCUGCACUCCUGGUCUUCAUCCUCAUUUUCAUGGAGACCCAGAUCACCACCCUGAUUGUCAGUAAGAAGGAGAGGAAGCUCAUGAAAGGCUCUGGUUUCCAUCUGGACCUGCUGCUCAUUGGUACCAUGGGCGGGCUCUGCGCGCUGUUCGGGCUCCCUUGGCUGACUGCCGCCACCGUGCGCUCGGUCACCCACGUCAAUGCCCUGACGGUCAUGAGCAAGGCCAUCGCUCCGGGGGAGAAGCCGAAGAUCGAGGAGGUGAAGGAGCAGCGUGUGACAGGAGUUGCAAUAGCUGUCCUCGUCGGCUUGUCCAUUGUGAUGGGCAACAUGCUGCGCCGGAUCCCCCUGGCCGUGCUCUUCGGCAUCUUCCUCUACAUGGGGGUCACGUCUCUCACCGGCAUCCAGCUCUACGAGCGUCUCCUCCUCAUCUUCAUGCCGUCCAAGCACCACCCGGACCACGUCUACGUCGUCAAGGUGAAGACCUGGAGAAUGAACCUCUUCACCUGCAUUCAGCUGGCCUGCAUCGUGGUGCUCUGGGUGGUGAAGUCAACAGUGGCCUCGUUAGCUUUUCCCUUUGUCCUGAUUAUGACGGUGCCCUUACGACGCUUCCUGCUGCCCCGCUUCUUUCAGGACCGGGAGCUCAAAGCCCUGGACUCGGAGGAUGCGGAGCCGAACUUUGACGAGGACGGCCGGGACGAGUACAACGAGAUGCACAUGCCUGUGUGAGCGGCCGCUCCGCCCCCUCCCUGUGGAAAGCUGCUCGUUCCCACGCGUUCUCCUUGGCUACGGCCCAAUCAGAAUGGCUUUGAACUUACUACACGUCAGAUGUUUUCCUGUCUGGACCAAAGAGCAGCAGUGUCGGAACCCUGGAGGGAGGUGGGCAGGGCCGUUCCUGACCCCACCCCUCACCCACUCAGUGGAAGUGUGAGUCUGUCUCCACCCGUACCCAGCGGGAGACGCUUCUCGCAUCCAGAGGCUCUGUAGGGGCCUGCACUGCCUCGGGUCAUGGGUCUCCCUUACUGGAGACUGGGGGUUGCAUUGGUAUGUGGGUUAGCAAAGGGGGGCCAUGCAGCUGGGAGCCACCACCUCCCGUCCACUCACCACAGAGCUCCGGCUCCUCCAAAUGCCAGCCCAAGCGCCACGUUCCACUGAGCCUGAGGCAGGCACGGGCCCCGCACAGAGCCCGUCCGGACUCUGCCUGCGCAGGGCAAGACUCCGAGUUGCCUGCUCUGCCGCCCCCAGCGGGGCUGCCCAGCUCCCUUAGCAGGCACACAAGGGGCUCCUUGCACAACUCCCUGCCACGGGCUGCUUCGCAUCUCAGGCUGCCCUGCCUGGUUUGCUAACAGCGCUCCUGGGCCAGCCUGGCUGCAGCACGGCCAGGAUUAUGGGAACUCAGGAGCCCAGGCUCUCUGUGCUACUGGCCAGGCACCUGUGUCCCAGCAGCAGGGCCUCGAGGAGUUCAGAUCCCAUCCCCCUGCCUGUCCGAGCCCAUUCCCUGCUGAUCGCUCCAAGCUGCAUUUCUGGGGUGGCGGGGUCUGAGGUCAUGGGCAUUGCCGCGGUAACCAGCUGUGAUGUCAGUGUUAAGGCUUGUGAUGUCUGCAGGGGAAGGAGCAGCAGGAGCGGCCUCCUAGAGCAGGCAGGGCUGAGAGGGCUUCCAGGGGAAGUGUCUCCCACGCAGCCAUGUCAGUCCCAGGAUAUUAGAGACACGCGGUGCAGGACCUGCUUCAGCUGGUGAGAGAGCAGCUUUGGAGCUUGCACCAAGCUCUUCUUAAGGCUGAAAGCGCCUUUCUUACCAACAGGAGCAGGUCCAGUAAAAGAUGUUCCCUCCCCGCCCUUGUCUCCCAGCAGCAGGCAUCCACAGCACGGGCAUUGGGGUCACCAGGACACAGCCUCCACCACAGUGACUGGGCCACUCAGGCCCUGGUGACUGGGUUGCUGUGGCCCCCAACCUCUCCUAUCCCCAUACCUGGGCCACCCACAGUGUCUGGAGGCACCUGAUAGCCAGACCCCCUGGCACCCAGGCCUGUCCCUGGGCAACCCUGAAUGUCUUCCCACCUGGAAGGCCCGAGGUCUCUCCAGCUGUCAGGGUCUGAGGCCUCAUGUGGGUCACUGCCUGGGCCCUUCAGCGCCCAGCUCUCCCUGUAGCUCUCGCCAGCGGUGCUCACAGCCUGGAGUGGGGUAACCUGGCAGCUGCCAUGGAGCGUGAAGGUCACUGGUACCAAGGCUCGGUGGGGAAGGAGGCCCUGUGUGAGAAAGCCAGAGAAGGCAGGCGCCCGGCCCCUCCACACAGGCAUGAGAGGAAGGGGGACCUUGUGGUGCAGGCGCUAGCCUGGGAGUCCUGCCUCCACCAGAACUUCCUGUGGGACCUCAGCAAAGCCACUGACUCUCCCUGCCUCCGUUUCCUAUCUGUGAAAUGGGGCUGAUCCUUCCCUACCUCACGCGUGGAGACGCUCACUAUGGUGUGGGAGGCUCAGACGCUACAGCCACAGGGCCAUAUGGAUACCCAGCCCGGUGGAGGGGAGCCUUCAGAGCCGGGGACCUGCUCCCGCUGGGCCACAGCCUGGCACACCAACAGCCCCUGUGAUGCCAGUGAAGCCUCCUGGUUAGGAGAUGUGUGUGUGAGUGUGUGUGUCUGUGGCUGCGUGUCCUGUCCCUGUGUAGUGUAGGAGGCCUGCUGUUGCUGUGUCCCUGCCAGCCCGGCUGUGUGUUGUGACUCAUCUACCUGUAUUGGAAAUGGCUGCACCAAUAAAC